AUGUACAGAUUUGGUUUCAAUGAAACUCAACAACUCACUUUUGGAAAAAUUGCCAUCUACUGUGAUACUAAACUAGAUUACAUUCCUCUCACCUUUAUUCUUGGAUUUUUUGUUACAAUUGUAGUGGAAAGGUGGAGACAAGUUUUUAAUAAUAUGGGAUGGAUUGAGAAUGUAGCUCUCACUGUUUCAGCUCUAUUCGACAGCAACUCAGAGGAUGACACCUUGAAGAGGCGUAGUGUCGUUAGAUAUUGUGUUUUAAGCCAAGUUUUAACAUUCCGUGAUAUUUCAAUGAGAGUUCGAAGGAGGUUUCCUAACAUGGAGUCACUAGUCAAAGGAGGCUUCAUUCAUGAGCACGAACUAAAAUCAUUAGAAAAUGUUGAUCUUGAUUAUAAUAAGUAUUGGGUUCCUUUGAAUUGGGCAAUGUCCGUAUGUGUCAAAGGACAUAAAGAAGGUAGAAUAGUUGCUCCACCAUCUCUCAACAAUGUGAUUAACGAAAUUCGAGCAUUCCGCACCAACUUAGCAUUGCUUUGUAAUUUCGAUUGGGUGCCAAUACCUAUUGCUUAUCCACAGGUUGUUUUCCUUGCCGUACGAGUUCAUUUCCUUAUUUGCUGUGUAUCAAGGCAGUACAUAUUGACAGGGGACAACGUUAAGAGUAUUAUUGAUUUAUAUUUCCCUUUUAUGACCUCUCUGCAAUUCAUAUUUUUCGUUGGGUGGAUGAAAGUCGCAGAAGCAUUGUUGAACCCACUCGGAGAAGAUGACGAUGAUUAUGAAUGUAAUUUCCUGAUUGAUAAGAACAUUGCUACUGGAUUAGCCAUUGUGGAUAGCGCAAACAGCGGUCAUCCCGAACUAUUACCGGACAAGUUCCUCAACAAAACUUUUGUUCCAGUUUAUUCUGAAGACUCAACAAGAAAUGGGUUGGACUCUGCACUAUUUGGAUCUGCACAACUGGUCACGUUAGCUGAACCUGCGGAAGAAGUCAAAAUGGUUUCUGUUGAUCCAAAGAUAUCAAUGCCUGAUCUGUUCGCUGACGAGUUCAAUUCUUCUAGACGUAGUACUAUGAGCAGGAUACGUCGAAGGUCAAGUCAACCAUUCUUCAGCGGACGAUUCAAAUUCGGAAAACGGGGAACUCAGCCAAAGAUAAGUCCGAUGGUUGAGUUAGGAGUCAGCCUUCCACCAAAUUUUACUUUGCACAGUGAUCGGCCGAACCCUGCCAAUCUCUACAGCAAGAAGAGAGAAAGCAACGGAAUGAACUCUCCAGUUGAUUUCAACUCAACCCAUGUUCUUGGAAAAGUAGAUGAGGAAGAUUUAUCUAACUCGAAAUCAUCCAAAUCAUUUAAAUCAAGUUCAGACGACGAGGAUGAUGAGGUUCAUGAGGUUAUCAAAAAUGAACUCAAUCCUCCAAAGUAUUGA